UUUCUAAUCAAAUUUUACAAUACUACAUUAACAUUUCUCAUUAGCAUCGCUAUUUCAGUAACCAAUAAAUUUAAGCACAAUCGAUUAAUAGUGUCUCAGAAAUCGUUAACUCUAUGUAAAAUUUCCUUUUUUUCACUCGAAGCUGAAUUUGUGAAUAAAAUAUUUUGUAAAUUUAAUCGGUUUUUACUUCCUUAUUGCUAAAUUGAUCUAUAGUUCUAAUGUCGUCAGAAAGUAAAAACCAUAUUCCAUCUAAUGAAGAAGUUAUAGAAGAACUUACUAAAGAUCUUAAAAAUUCUGCUAUAAUGGUAGAUGAAAAUCUAAUUUCACAGGAUGAGACGAAAUCUUUAAACGAAGAAUCUACUACAGAAAGUGAAAUAAGGGAUUUUGAUUUUAUUGAUGAUGAGGUAUUAAGAAAAAGAGAUGAAAAUCUUAAUGAUAACGAGAAGCGGGAAUUAUUGCAGAAAGCUCUUAACUUGAAAAAUGAAGGUAAUAUUAAAUUUAAGAAUGAAGAAAAUGAUGAAGCAUGUAAAUUAUAUACAGAAGCUUUAAGAAUUUGUCCUCUAACAUUUCAAAACAACAGAGCUAUAUUAUUUUCCAAUCGAGCUGCUGCUAAAUCUACCAUAAAUAUUGAAAGCGCCAUUCAAGAUUGCACUAAAUCAAUAGAAUUAGAUCCUAAUUAUUUAAGAGCAUAUCUUAGAAGAUCUAAACUGUAUGAAAGAAAUGAAAAACUAGAUGAAGCAUUAGAAGAUUUAAAAAAAAUUAUAGAAGUUGAUAAGUUUUAUGGUGAUGCUGCUUAUAACAUUACUGUAUUACAAGACAAAAUUAACAUAAGGAAUGAAACGCUUAAAACAGAAAUGAUGGGUAAAUUAAAAGAAUUAGGAAAUAUGGUUUUAAAACCAUUUGGACUAUCAACUCAAAACUUUCAGGUCAACCAAGAUCCAAAUACUGGCGGUUAUUCAAUAAAUUUCAAACAAUAAUUUUAUUUUGUUACCAGUAAUUUCAAUAUUUUGUAUAUAAUGAGAUAAAGUGAAAUAAAAAUUGAAAAUUAAUAUUUUGAUAAUGAAUACAAUA